CUCUGGGUCCGUAACGGCCCUCGCGCACCUCACACAGCUGGAGCGCUUUGCUCGCGGCACUGUCUAUAAAGUUGUUGUUGCUGCUUCCGCCACGGGUGGAGGAAGAUGGCGUCAGGAGGUGGUGGCUGUAGCGCUUCGGAGCGACUCCCUCCGCCCUUCCCUGGCAUGGAUCCGGAGUCAGAAGGGGCUGCCGGGGGGUCAGAACCCGAGGCUGGGGACAGCGACACCGAGGGGGAGGAUAUUUUCACUGGCGCCGCGGCAGCCACUAAGCCCCCAUCUCCAAAGAAAACCACAUCCCUUUUUCCUAUCAAAAAUGGUUCCAAAGAAAAUGGGAUCCAUGAGGAUCAAGACCAAGAGCCACAGGACCUCUUUGCAGAUGCCACAGUGGAACUAUCCCUGGACAGCACACAGAAUAACCAGAAGACAAUACCAGGCAAAACCCUUACUUCUCCUCCUCCGCAAGAAGCCACAAAUUCUCCUAAGCCACAGCCAAGCUAUGAGGAGCUGGAGGAAGAAGAACAGGAGGAUCAGUUUGAUUUGACAGUUGGUAUCACCGAUCCUGAGAAGAUCGGGGAUGGUAUGAAUGCCUAUGUAGCCUACAAAGUCACCACACAGAUGGAAUUGCUUGGGAAUCAGGGGAGGAACCUUCUUACUGCCAUUAGAAUGACAAAGGUGAAGGUUGGGAAGGAAGAUUCUUCUUCCGCAGAAUUUCUUGAGAAACGGAGGGCUGCUUUGGAAAGGUACCUUCAAAGAAUUGUGAAUCAUCCUACCAUGUUACAGGACCCAGAUGUCAGGGAGUUUCUGGAAAAAGAAGAGCUGCCAAGAGCUGUGGGCACGCAGGCUUUGAGUGGCGCUGGUCUCCUUAAGAUGUUCAACAAAGCUACAGAUGCGGUCAGCAAAAUGACCAUCAAGAUGAAUGAGUCGGACAUUUGGUUCGAGGAGAAACUCCAGGAGGUAGAGUGUGAGGAGCAGCGCCUACGGAAGCUGCAUGCUGUGGUGGAGACUCUAGUCAACCAUAGGAAAGAACUAGCACUGAACACAGCCUUGUUUGCCAAGAGUCUAGCCAUGCUUGGGAGCUCCGAGGACAACACAGCACUGUCUCGAGCACUCUCCCAACUGGCUGAGGUGGAAGAAAAGAUUGAGCAGCUCCACCAGGAACAGGCCAACAAUGACUUCUUCCUCCUUGCUGAACUCCUGAGCGACUAUAUUCGCCUCCUGGCCAUUGUCCGAGCUGCCUUCGACCAGCGCAUGAAGACAUGGCAGCGCUGGCAGGAUGCUCAAGCCAUGCUGCAGAAGAAGCGGGAGUCUGAGGCUCGGCUGCUGUGGGCCAACAAGCCGGACAAACUGCAGCAGGCUAAGGAUGAGAUCACAGAGUGGGAAUCUCGGGUGACUCAGUAUGAAAGGGACUUUGAAAGGAUUUCCACAGUUGUCCGAAAGGAAGUGACACGAUUUGAGAAAGAGAAAUCCAAGGAUUUCAAAAACCAUGUGAUCAAGUACCUGGAGACACUCCUACAUUCCCAGCAGCAGCUGGCAAAAUACUGGGAAGCCUUCCUUCCUGAGGCAAAGGCCAUCUCCUGAGGGACCAAGGACACCAGAGCCUACCUUCGUGACGCUGCCUUUUUAUACACUGUCCUUCCUCGAUGGACCCCAACUGACGCCCCUGCCUUGGCUGGACUUAGCCCUUCUACUCUGCCCCACAGACAAACUAUUCCCAGUUACUCUAACCAACGUUUCAUUUAGCUUCCACGUAUAUUUUCUUACCUAAGAGAAUAGUUUCCUGCUUUAAGCAAAAGACCUACAAUAGGUGGUGGAAUUAUAGGUUAGGGGUGGAGUGUUGAUAUAAAUAUAUAAAUACAAAUGUAUAUUUUUCAGGAUGUGGUUUAGGAACUGGGAAUAACGUUUUCUGUUACUCCUGAUGGUGCCAUGAAAGAUUAUGUAAUAAAAUAUUUGAAAAUCAGGU